AGCCCGUCCCGGGGCCCCGCGAGGAUGCAGCCGCGUGGGGAGUGGGCGCUGCUCCUGCUGGGGGUCGGCAGCCUCCUCGCCGCCAAAGUGAACAAACACAAGCCAUGGAUUGAAACCUCUUACCAUGGAGUUAUUACUGAAAACAACGAUACAGUUAUUUUGGAUCCCCCACUUGUUGCUUUGGAUAAAGAUGCCCCUAUUCCCUACGCAGGUGAAAUCUGUGCUUUUAAAAUCCAUGGACAGGAAAUGCCCUUUGAAGCCAUAGUGCUAAAUAAGACAUCUGGAGAAGGUCGCCUUCGAGCACGAAGUCCAAUUGACUGUGAACUACAGAAGGAGUACACAUUCAUCAUUCAGGCAUAUGACUGUGGCGCAGGGCCUAGUGGAACAAACUGGAAGAAAUCUCACAAGGCUGUGGUUCAUAUCCAGGUUAAGGAUGUCAAUGAAUUUGCACCCACAUUUAAAGAAGCAUCCUACAAGGCCACUGUGACAGAGGGAAAAAUCUAUGACAGCAUAUUACAGGUCGAAGCCAUGGACGAGGAUUGUUCUCCUCAGUACAGCCAGAUCUGUAAUUAUGAAAUUGUCACAACAAAUGUUCCAUUUGCCAUCGACAGGAACGGUAACAUCAGAAAUACUGAAAAACUGAGUUAUGACAAACAGCACCAGUAUGAGAUAAUGGUAACCGCUCUUGAUUGUGGGCAGAAACGUGCAACUGAAGAUGUCUUGGUGCGAGUUGAAGUCAAGCCUGUGUGUAAACCUGGAUGGCAAGAUUGGAAUAAACGUAUUGAGUAUAAGCCUGGCUCUGGGAGUAUACCUUUAUUUCCCAGCAUUCAUCUGGAGACUUGUGAUGGACCAGUUUCUUCCAUUCAGACCGUUAUUGAACUGCAGACCAACUACAUUGGAAAGGGCUGUGAUCGUGAGACAUAUUCUGAAAAGUCUCUACAAAAAUUAUGUGGAGCAUCGUCAGGUGCCAUUGACUUGUUACCCACUCCCAGUGCAGCAACUAACUGGACAGCUGGCCUUUUGAUAGACAGUAAUGACAUGAUUUUUAAAUUUGAUGGAAAGCAAGGAGCCAAAAUCCCGGAUGGAAUUGUACCAAAGAAUUUAACUGAUCAAUUCACCAUUACUAUGUGGAUGAAACAUGGCCCAAGUCCUGGAUUAAGAGCAGAGAAAGAAACUAUUCUGUGUAAUUCAGAUAAGACAGAAAUGAAUCGGCACCACUAUGCUCUUUAUGUACACAAUUGUCGACUUGUGUUCCUGUUGCGUAAAGAUUUUGAUCAAGCGGAUACUUUCCGUCCUGCAGAAUUCCAUUGGAAGCUUGACCAGAUAUGUGAUAAAGAAUGGCACUACUAUAUCGUCAACGUUGAGUUUCCAGUAGUUACCUUGUAUAUGGAUGGCACAACAUAUGAACCUUAUCUUGUAACUAAUGACUGGCCAAUUCAUCCAUCACAUAUAGCAAUGCAACUAACGGUUGGUGCUUGUUGGCAAGGUGGUGAAGUCACUAAACCCAGAUUUGCUCAGUAUUUCCAUGGCAGCCUUGCUAGCCUCACUAUCCGACCAGGCAAAAUUGAAAGUCAGAAAGUGAUUUCCUGUUUGCAGGCCUGCAAGGAAGGUCUGGAUAUUAACUCCCUGGAGAGUCUUGGCCAAGGAAUAAAGUAUCACUUCAAUCCUUCUCAGUCAGUACUUGUUAUGGAAGGGGAUGACAUUGAGAAUAUAAAUCAAGCUCUCCAAAAGGUCUCCUAUAUCAACUCAAGACAGUUUCCUACUUCAGGCAUUCGCCGUCUUAAAGUCUCAUCUAAAGUCCAAUGUUUUGGUGAAGAUAUCUGCAUUAGUAUCCCAGAUAUAGAUGCCUAUGUAAUGGUGUUUCAGGCCAAGGAGCCCAAGAUUACAAUAAGUGGAAUGGAUCAUUUUGCAAGACCGGCUACACAAUUUGAAAAUGAGAGAGGUGUGAAUCUCUUACCAGAUAUCAGAAUUGUCAGCACAGUCACCAAAGUGGAACAUCCUCCUGACUUUAAAGAAACUACGGAUAGAGUCCACAAGCCAGUCAUGUUAGAAGAAAUGCACCACAAUUUGGAUUUUUGUGACAUUUUGGUAAUUGGGGCAGAACUGGACCCAAAGCAGGAGUGUUUGGAAUUGGAUCGGAAAGAACUGGAAGGAAAACACUUAGAUGCUACAAACUCUACUGCAGGGUAUUCAAUAUAUGGUGUGGACACGAUGAAAAACUAUGAGCAGGUAUUGCAACAGGUUCGCUAUCGUAACUGGCAUACAUCUUCCAUCUUUGAUAGGAAGUUUAGAAUCAAGUGCUCGGAGUUGAAUGGGCGUUAUACCAGCAACGAAUUUAAUUUAGAGGUUAAUAUUCUACACAAUUCCAACUCUAAUAUUAUGGAAUAUGUAAAUCAUAUGGUAAUACAGCCACAAUUUAUCCAAUCUAUACAUCGCCCAGAGGAAAGCAUAAACAGUAUUCAUGGCUCAGUACUUCCAAGUGUGGCUACAAUUGUCAUAGUAAUCUGUGUCAGCAUUCUAGUCUUCAUUGUUGCUUUGGGGGCAUAUAGAAUUCGGUCAGCUUACCAACAUAGUUCAAAGGAAAAUGAAGGCAGUAAAGAAAAUGAAAUGGAUUGGGAUGAUUCAGCUCUGACCAUCACUGUCAAUCCUAUGGAGAAAUAUGAAGAGCCUCGUCAUGCAGAAGAAGAAAGUGAAGAGGAGGAAGAAGUAGAAGAUGAAGAAGAUGAUACAACCAGUGCUGAGUCAGAUGAAAGUGAAGAAGAGGAGGAGGAAGAGGAAGAAGCCAUUGGAAACAAGCAAAACAAACAGAAUACCACCAGGCAAGAUCAGCUGGAGUGGGAUGAUUCAACACUACCUUACUAGAAACCUUUAGUCCUAUUGAUUGCUCCUUUUGUAAACACCAUGUAUUUCUGAGUCAAUCCUACUGAGUCAAUCCUACUCUGGAUCUAUGAAUUAAUUGACAGGAUUUAACUCUUAUAGACUAAAGAUGAUAGAAUUGCAUAGCCUGAAUUUGAUGUAGUUGUAUCAAACUGCUUCAGAUAGUUCUUCCUUUCUAAUGUAAGGGUAAUGGCACCUGGUAAAGCACAGGGUACAACCAUUAGUGUGUCACCAGUAAUAACAGCAACAAUCUGAAGCCAGCUUCACCCAUACAUGGAAGCCCCUGUGACCUUCUGAAUACAAAUAUGCAAAAGU